CGUUUUGUGGUUUCACGUGUGAGCGUUUUAGACUUUGUAUAGAAGCAGCUCACUAGAGAAGACCUUUAUUCUCAGCAGAGAACUGUGUGAAGCGUGUGAACAGACGGACGUGUCGUGGAGGAUGAAGCUGCUCUUUGGACUGAUCCUGGCUGUGGCUGUCCUGGUUCUGGCUGCAGGACACAGUGUCACAUCUGGAUGUCAGAACUGGAAAAUCAGUGACAACCUCAAAGACGUGUGCUGUUCUAAGUGUAAACCAGGAAACCGUCUAGUCAGUCAGUGCGGUCCAGACCCAAGUGAAUUGUGUACUCCCUGUGAAAAUGGCACCUUCAUCUCCGACACAGAUCUUGACAAAAACCAAUGGAUCUGUCAGAGGUGUGAUCAGUGUAUAGGAGGUGGCAGGCGAGUGAAGGAGAAAUGCACCCCCAGCAGAGACACAGUUUGUGAGUGUUCACAAGGAUUUCGAUGUGGAAAUAAUAAAUGCUCUAACUGCAUUAAUGAGUGUGGCAAGGGACAGCAACCCACUGCAAAAGGCAAGUGUGAGCCAUGUCCUCCAGGGAUGUACAAUGACAAGAUCCAUCAAUACUGCGUGAACUGGACCAAAUGUAUGCCUGACCAUCAAAUAAUGGUUCCUGGAAGUUCAUCUACAGAUGUAAUCUGUGGCCCUAAACCAGAUAACAAACCAACAGCAAUGCCGACAACUGAUGCAGCAAUCAAGGUCACUGCUAUCCUCAUCGGCUUUGGGCUCUGCGUACCAAUACUUGUUGCUGUAAUCCUCUUCCUGGAGUGGAGAAGAAGAAAGGCCAUCCAUAAAGAAAAAAAGCAACCAGAAAGAGAACAGACUCCAACACGUCUUUCUGAAGCGGGCAGCUUCUGUUUUCCUCAGCAGGAACACGGCAGCAGCAGCAGCAGUCAGAGUUCGAUGGACUCGCUGCUCUCACAGAGCAUCGGCCCUUUAGAAGCAUGAACAUGUAUUGUGAUCAUAAAUGAACAUAAUUUGUAAUUAUCUGAGGAUAUGUAUAGUGUUGCUAUGUAAUGUAUAAUUUAUUUACUGAAUCCUACUAGAAUCCUGUUAUUAAAACUGUAAAUCAUAAUGUCAGUGACAUUUUGUUGCCAUUAAAGCAGUAUUUUCAUAUUA